AUGAGGAACUUCUUAUGGGGAAGUUCAAAGACUUCGAAAUUGGUUAACUGGAAUUUGGUUCUAGCUGCCAAAAAUAGAGGAGGUCUGGCUGUCUUAAAUCUCAAACAAAUGAAUAUUGCCUUACUAGCAAAAUGGGUUUGGAGAUUUGGAGUGGAAAAAGAUCAUCUAUGGUGUAAGAUCAUUACUGAGAAACACGGAGCAAUGUAUUCUCACUGGAUACCUGGCAGAGUCACUAACACAAGUGGUAUUUCUUGUUGGAAAUCAAUUGUGGAAACUAGUUUUUUGGUAAAUACCAAUACUUCUAUCACUAUUCACUCAGGAACAAGAGUUUCUUUCUGGUUUGAUAAUUGGAUUGGAGUUGAUUCUUUAAAAAUAUAUUUCCCUGAUCUUUUUAGAUUGGCAAAAGAUAAAUAUUCUUCAGUGGCUUCUCACAUUUCAAAUGGAAGUUGGGUAUUUGAUUUCAAAAUAAGACUAGUGGACAAUGAGGUGAAUCAGUUUGCUACACUUCUUCUCAGAAUUGGAUCAUUACCUCCACUUUUGAAUAACUUACCAGAUACAAGAAGAUGGUCCUUGGGCAAUAACAGAGUGUUCUCUUUUAAGACUCUUUACUCUCAAUUAAUCAAGACUGAUGGUGCGGAAGAUUUUCCUUUUCGGUUUGUCUGGAACUCAAAGAUACCUCCUAAGGUGAUUUUUUGUGUGUGGUGUGAUGUUCAUGUCAAGCUUAACACCAAGGACAUGCUUUUGCGGAAGGGUAUGGACAUGGACAAUGGUUAUAAAUUUAGUACUAGGUUUUUCUUUUGUUUCUACUGA